UUAAUAGAUUGCUAAUGAAAAAUGAAAGCACUUGUGUAUUGUGUCGUGCACGCAAUGAAGCACGUAAUCUCGUCAAUCAUGUAUGAAUUUCCAUAUCUUGAUUAGCAAGUGUUUAAGCAAGCAGAACAGUGAAUCUUCUAGAAUUGCAUCGGUUUUAGCAGUGUUUUUCGCGGGAGAAGAUUUGCGAUCGAAGGUCAAGGUUGGUUGAACAUUUCUAUGUCCAUGGGUAUGGACGCUGAACAGCAAGAAGAGGAGUGCUGGUAUCAACUCAGACGAGUGGGUCCUACUGCAACGUUCCCGAAGGUUCGGGAUGUUAUGAAACUACAUGUUGGCGUAACUAAGUUCGGUCGUGCAGCCAGUAACCACUAUUAUCUUGACUCAGCUACACUGCCAAAUUUUAUUUCUCGCCAUCACUCUGAAAUCCAUGGAAUCCGUGACGAGGAUGGCCUCAUUAAGUUUGUCCUGCAUGAUAAGGGUCUCAAUGGAACCUUCAUCAAUGAUAUCAAGAUGCAGAGCUCAUGUGAGCUUGAAGAAGGAGACAAGAUAACAUUUGGUCACACAAAUGGAUACAAAUUGGCACCGGGCCAACACUCAAGGCAGCCUCACUCAGAAUUCCAGUUUAUAUUCGAAAAAGUUUACAGAAGUAAUGAAAGGGUAGUGAACAACGGAGUGAAGCAGGAACAGGAAAGCGACUCAUCACGUGACAUGGAGAAACGGAUUUGUGCUCGGGACAAUGCUGUAGACAUAGAAACAUUCAAAGAAGGAUGGUCUAAAAAUAAUUCAAACUCAAAAACUGAAAGUGAUUCAGACAAAACUUCUACAUCUCAUAUUAAAACUAUUGAAAACUUAUCUCAGGACAAUGACUCGUGUUCCUCAUCUUCAUCAUCAUCAUCUUCAUCGUCAGCUUCAUCAAGCUCAUCAUCAUCCUCAUCAAGUUCAUCAUCAUCAGUCAGGUCCUCAUCAAAAUCUCCAAAUUCACACACAGCUGACCGUGCAGCAGACAAUAGUACGCCAACCUUUUCAAUUUCUCAAAACCGUCAUGAAAAUUCUACAAUUAUUAUGUCUGAGCCGAACAGUGAUAAAGAUGACAGUGCUGGAAACAGUGAUGAAAACAAUGGUGGAAAUGAUAAUGUUUCCGAACAAUCUAGCCAAUCAAUAAGGAAAGUUGACAGUGAUGAUGGUGAUGAUAGUGCACAAUCGAAUUCAAAUUCUGGUGAUAAUUCUGAUGGAAUAGAACCGAAUCAUGACAAUGAGGAGGAAAAGUAUGAAAGUGAUAAUGAAAAAGAUCAUGAAAGUGGUAGUGAAAUGAAGGUAGUGGACAAUGAAAAACAGAAAGACAGUAGUGAGGAAGAGGACGAAGAGGAGCCUGAAGCGCUGGAACAACCCCCAAGUCCAGUUCCAGUGAAGAGAAAGAGCUGUGCUCCUAAAAAAGGAGCAAAAGCAAAAAGAAUGAAGCUUGCCAUGCCAUCGCGUCGGGGACGACAGAGUCGCAAAAUGCUGAAGAGUAACAGUAAAAGCUCGGACUUAAAUGAUAACGACGACCUUCCGUCACUAAACGGAGGAAGUAGUCACGACUCUUUACUGAACGAGGACAAAGCUGAAAGCCACAGGGACCCAUACCUCUUCGCCAGCGAGGAAAGCAGUGAAGAUGAAACCAAUACUCGCCUUAAAGCCAUCAUCCACAAGAUAGGCAAGAUAGCCACGAGGCCAGCCACAGGGAAAAGAAAACAAAAGAAAAUGGUGAAAAAGAAAAGCCAACAAAGAAAGUCUAUUCCUCCACCCCCGCCUCCUAAAGCUGUAGCCAGGAAAAGGAAAGCGCCUCCUGCACCAGUGGCAACAUCUGGACGGGGCCGAGGUAAGAAGGCCCAGCCGACAACACCUGUGCGUGGCCGUAGACGGCAGGGUCACAGUAGUGACAGUAGUGACUCAGAGGAGGAGCUGGAGGAAAAUUUGGAGGAGGGUGUUGAGUGGUACGAAGUCGAGACAUGUGAUGCAGAUGGCUGUAAGAGACCCAGCGAUAAAACAGUGGCCUGGGUGCAAUGUGACUAUUGUGAUAAGUGGUUCCACACACAGUGUGUUAAUUGUAAAUACGAGCACGUUAAUGAUCCGGACAUCAAAUUCAACUGUGGAUGCUCGUAAAACCACAACGGAGGAGCAAAAUAUCGGGAAAACUAAGGUCAAAGAAAUCAGAUUGUAUUGAGACUCAGUGUUAGAGACUGAAAAUUUUCUGACAAAGUGGCGAGUACCUGUAUUUCAGCAUUAAUUGAUUAAUUAUAUACCACCUGCAUAAAGAUCAUUGAUGUAACAGCUUGCCGCUUCAGCGAAUUUAGAGGGUAUAUAUGCAAAUUGCUAUUAAGAUUUCAAAUUGCAAAAAAAACACUUAAGUAAUGUUAGUUAAUGGUUGUCGAAGGAAGUUGAUGGGUUGUAGUUUUAUUAAGUCGGCUAAGUAGACCUAGUCAGCAGAAUGUUGUUUAAAAAUGGCUGAAUUGUUUGGAUUUAAAAAGAAAGAAAUCUAGAAAUAUUUCUGAUAAUUUAAAUAUUAUCCAUUACAAAGAAAGCAUGUACAUGACCAUGAUUGCCUUUAUCCACCAAAAGAGAAAAUAGCACUUAAUGGCAAAUAUAUUUUUCCCACUCUCAGUGCACUGUGUGGUAGGUUGAUACACAUUUGGGUUUGGUAAAAUAUAUGAAGAAGCUUCCAAUUUUGAUCAAAAUGUUAAAAACACUUUCUUCUAUCAGUAUUGAGGUGUUUUAAGAUGUGUCAGCCUGUUUCCAUUUCACUUUCAUGAACCUACAGUUAGAAGAAAAAAUAGAUAAGUGAUCAAUUUAAGAGAAAUAAGAUUGCAGAAUAGUACAUUGAUUAAACAGCUACGAUGAAAAUGGAGUGAAUAGUAUUUAACAUUUAAUGUUAAAAUGAGAAGAUUGUUCAGUUUGGGAUAUAGCAUUGGUUUGUUUACCCAUUCACCCCUAAAGUAACAUUGGAACCUUACCAAAUUAAAGACUGGGCAAGUCAAGUUUUAAAAAGGGUGAAUGAGUUAAACACAAGUUGUACAACUUAAUAAUGUAUGUAGUUUAUACUACUAUCUGUGAAAGGAAAGACGUUUUAAUCAGUGCUGGAGUACAGUCUUAUUGUGGAGAGGUUAGAAAAGGGAAGGUAAACAUAUUACAAUCCACAAACUUCUGAAAUCCACAUAAACGAAAAUGUGGAUAUAUCAUCACCUGCCCAUAAAUAAGAAGAGAAUUCUCCUGACAUAAAAUUUUCUCAGAACAAUUAAAGGUGAACAAAUUUAGCCGCAGGCUGGCUAAUUAUUUUACUGACAUGAGGAAUACGAAGUGCAUGUUUAUAAACAGAGUUCAGACACUCAGUUCUGAUAGAAAAUUGAAGUGUUCUUUGUGAAGUUUACUAUUUUUCUCCAUGAAUUAAUUUACAAAAACACAUCGAUUUAGUUCAGAAUGUUCCAGAAAAAAAUGUCAAGGGGGGAUUGAGUUUCUGGCCCAUCCCCCUACACCAAUAUUCAUGUAUGAAAAAGCCAUUCAAUCAAAUAAGUUUGAUUUAGUUGUAUAGACCCAGCAUUGGGUGGAAUGUCUACAAUGGCAUAUCUAGAUCUCCAACGAUGUACUUAAUAAUAAAAUCCUAAAUAACUAUGAAAACUAUCAAUAUUAUGGUGUGUCAUUGUUAAACUGACACAUCAAAGAUCCAUUUACUGAGAAGAGUUACACAUACACAGCAGAUAUGAUGUGGCUCACAUGUGCCAUAUAGACAAAACAAAGAAAUGGGCAGCAUGGGUAUGAACUGGUAGCCUAAUACAUAAUUACAAUAUUCACAACAUACCUGGCCCUGAUCUCUGGCAAUAAAAAUUAAGGUCAGAAGUAUGUCUUCAUGUAACUAGAAUUAUUUUCAUUAUGUUAUUAUAUCCCUCUAUUCAAAUUGAUGAAGAAAACAGCGAAAUUAUUGAUGUGACUUUUCUCUCGGUAAAUAAAAAAAACAAAAAAAAACCAGUAACCUGGGUGGUAUUUCAGAAUGAAAUUUUGAUAUGGUAAGGUGUUGAGAAAUUUUAAGACUAUAUAACGAUGAAAGGAUUGACUCAUUAUUUUUUUCCAAAUUGAAAUGGAUUCAGUAGCAUGUAUAACAUUUUAUGCAAAUAAACUUUUGUCCGUAACUUAAGCUAUUUCGAAAAAUAGUGGAGUUACAGUAGAUCGGAGGCUAUGUGUACCUAAGUAAAAUAAUUCUAUUGUCUCAUUUAAAUGUUGUAAUGAUCCCGAAUCGUUUCAUCUUUCCUGGUAGAAUACCAAGUAUAAUAUCGGAUAUUGUCACCAUGUUUUUUUUACAGUGUAUAGUCAUUUGUAUUGUAAUAUGUCACAAACAGAUUUCUAUAUCAUAUUUAUAUAUAAUUAAUUCUAUAUAUGUGUGUGUUUGCCAUUCAUUAUAUUGUGUAAUGACAUUACAGUGUUACACAUAUUGAAUUUUAAAUUUGUCUAUAAACCAAAUUUUAUGAAUAUGUUACAUACAUUUUAGAUCUUCCUAAGCAGAUAACAUUGUCUUUAUAUUGUAGAAUAUGUCACAAAGAAAUGUCCCUUACAACUACUGCAUAUAUACUUAGUAAAGCUUAUAUAGUGAUUUGAUGUAUUUACAGUGGUGUACUGUGUUACAUAUUGUACAUGUGAUUUGUGUUAAGCUUUCUCACACUCUUAACAGGUGCCCAAAGUCUCAUUUUGCUAGGGAAAAGAUACACUUUUUUCCCACCCUUCACAAGUGUGUCUCCCAUUUUAGGCGGGAAAGAUCAGGUUGUCACCCCCUAGGGGGAGAUAGUCUCGUGCCGAUAAGCACGUGUUCAAUUGCGACGUCAUUAAAAUGCG